ACUGCAGUUCAGCAGCUGAUCUGAGAGAGAGAGAGAGAGAGAUAGAGAGUCAGAGGGAGAGAGUGUGAGCCGCGAGCAGUGUGUGAAGGUGUGCGCAUUAUCUCUCAUACCACAGUCAAACCUUCACUAUGGCUGCUCUUCGUCUUCGUCAGCUAAUGCGCCAUGUGUCAGCAUCCCAGCCUGCUCUCCGUCACCUCAGCACUGAGGCGUACCCUGUUGCUGCUGCUGGAGUGCAGAGUGGUGGUGGUGUUUGUUUUGAUUUCACACAAGAACAGAAGGAAAUCCAGCAGCUGGCACGCAAGUUUGCCCGAGAGGUGGUUCUGCCCAAGGCAGCUGAACAUGACAAGACAAUGGAAUACCCCAGGGAGAUUAUUAAGACAGGUUGGGAGUUGGGACUCAUGAACCCACACAUCCCGGGAGAGUUUGGAGGGAUGGGCUUGGGCACGUUUGAAGGCUGUAUCAUCACUGAGGAGAUUGCCUACGCUUGCACCGGAAUCCAGACGGCAAUGGAAGCAAACAAUCUCGGUCAAAUGCCGGUGAUCAUUGCUGGUAACGAGCAACAGAAGAAGAAGUACCUUGGCCGCAUGACGGAGGAGCCCCUCAUGUGUGCCUAUGGUGUGACUGAACCUGGGGCAGGCUCAGAUGUGGCGGGCAUCAAGACCAGAGCUGAGAGGAAGGGAGAUGAGUACGUCCUCAACGGCCAGAAGAUGUGGAUCACCAAUGGCGCCGUAGCCAACUGGUACUUUAUCCUGGCACGCACCAGUGCAGAUCCCAAGACACCUGCAUCCAAGGCCUUCACAGGAUUUAUUGUUGAUGCGGACUCUCCUGGCCUGACCAAAGGGCGCAAGGAACUCAACAUGGGCCAGCGCUGCUCCAACACUGCUGGCUUCUCCUUGUCUGACGUGGUGGUGCCCAAGGAAAAUGUUCUAAUUGGUGAGGGUGCAGGGUUCAAGAUUGCCAUGGGUGCCUUUGACCGCACACGUCCCCCAGUGGCUGCAGGGGCUGUGGGUCUGAGUCAACGGGCCCUGGAUGAAGCCACAAAGUAUGCCCUGGAAAGGAAGACAUUUGGCACUGAAAUUGUCAACCACCAGGCUGUGUCCUUCAUAUUGGCUGAAAUGGCGAUGGAGACAGAGUUGGGUCGCCUGGCCUGGAUGCGAGCUGCCUGGGAGGUGGACCAGGGCCGCCGCAACACUUACUAUGCCUCCAUUGCCAAGGGCUUUGCUGGUGAUGCUGCCAACAGAGCUGCUUCUAAUUCUGUCCAGGUGUUCGGAGGCAAUGGCUUCAACACAGAGUAUCCCGUUGAGAAGCUUAUACGUGAUGCCAAGAUUUACCAGAUCUAUGAAGGAACGGCCCAGAUCCAGCGCCUCAUCAUUGCCCGGGAACACCUGGCUCGUUGCAAGAUGGGUCUCCUCUAAGGGAAGCCUCUGGCAUGGGCUAGUUAGGGUGCACAAGGGCUGGAGUCUUAUGAUGCCUACCAGAAUGUACGACUUUUAUCAAGCAAUUAUCAAUGCAAUAUAUAGUUAGGGUUCAUAAGGGUUGUAGUCUUAUGAUGCUUACCAGAAUGUACUAUUUUUACCAAGCAAUUAUCAAUGCAAUAUAUUGUUGUUAGUUUUAUUCUCAUCUUAUAAUGAGCAACCCAAAAGUACCAGCAGCUGUAGUGUCUCUAGAUGGAUCACUGAAAAUACACAAUAGUUAAAGCUUGGCAUUUUUAUUGUGAUAUUGCUGUGCUAUCUAGCAUCAUAUUAUUAUUAACUGGCAUUUACUUAUUACUGGUAUUACUGGUAUUAUGGUUUCUUGCACAUUAUACAAUACUAACUGUAAAUACUUAGCAUGAGUAGCGUGUAAAUUCAGAAAAUAGUUUAUAUAUUAAUAAUAAAUGUGCUGAAAUAAG